CCGGCGGCCUGAAAGGGAGCCAAUGGCGCGGCCCCAUCCGCUGCCAAUCAUCGGGAUCCGUCCAAUCCCUGCGGUGCCGUGUCCGAUCCGCGUUUCCCACCGCGCCGCCGGAGUGUGGUGAGGGCUCUGCCAAUCGCGGGCGGCCAGAGCGGGGCCGGGGAUGCGCGGGGCUCGGAGCCCAGACAAAAGAAGUUAAAGAGCCGCUUAAUAUAUACAUGUUUUUGAAGGCGGGUAGAGGGAAAAAAAUAACAACAGCGAGCGUAGAUGGGCUUGGCUGUGUCGUUAUGGAGCCCCCUUUGAGCAAGAGGAACCCGACACUGAGAUUAGCGGAUUUGGCAGCGGCUCAGCCCCAUCCUCACCAGAACAUGACAGGCUUCCCGGGGCUGGGGAACCACCACGGCCACCCCCACCACGCGGCCCACCUCCACCCCGGGGACGCGGGCGGCGACCCCGGCGGCGCCCUCACGCCGCUCGGACCCGAGCACAUGGCGCAGCCCGCCGCCCUCAAGCUCACUCCCGAGGCGCUCACCGCCGCCGCCGCCGCUUUCGCGCGCCCGCCGCCACCACCGCCGCCGCCGCCGCCGCCACCGCCGCCACCACCGCCGCCGCCUACGCGCCGCCCGCCGCCGCCCUCGGGCAACCCGUCGGGGGGGGCGGCGGGCCGGGACUUCCUCCUGCGGCGGGAGCUGCCCGCUGCCGCCGCCGCCGCUGCCGCCGUGCACGGGGCGCUGAGCGAGCAGCACCCUCCCGCCGGGUCCCCGCACCUCCCGCACCCGCCGCCCCACGGCGUCUUCAUCUCGGCCGCCGGCACCUACGGCGCGGCCGACGGGGCGCACGCCGCCUUCCCCCCGCCGCCGCCGCCCGGCGAGCAGGGCGCGCCCGCCGGCCGCCACCCGCCGCUCAACGGGCAGAUGCGGCUGGGGCUGGCGGCCGCCGCCGCCGGGGAGCUCUACGGACGCGCCGAGGCGCACUACGGGGCCGCCGCCGCCGCCUCCUCCUCGGCGCUGCAAGGCUACGGCUCCGUCAACCUCAACCUGGCGGCGGCGGCGGCGGCGGCCGGGCACGGGCACCCGCACCACCCCCAUCCCCACCACCACCAUCAUCACCACCACCACCACCAUGCCCACGUCGGGGCGGCGGCGGCGGCGGCGGCGGCGGCCGGGGCCUUCCUGCGGUACAUGCGGCAGCCCAUCAAGCAAGAGCUGAUCUGCAAGUGGAUCGACCGGGAGCCGCCUCCUCCUCCUCCGCCGCCGCCGCCGCCGCCACCGGGCGGCAGGAAGCCUUGCUCCAAAACUUUCAGCACGAUGCAGGAACUGGUGAGCCAUGUCACCGUGGAGCACGUCGGCGGGCCCGAGCAGAGCAGCCACGUGUGCUACUGGGAGGAGUGUCCCCGCGAAGGCAAGCCCUUCAAAGCGAAAUACAAACUCAUCAACCACAUCCGAGUGCACACGGGAGAGAAGCCCUUCCCCUGCCCCUUCCCCGGCUGCGGGAAGGUCUUCGCCCGCUCCGAAAACCUCAAGAUUCACAAGCGGACUCAUACAGGGGAGAAACCCUUCAAGUGCGAGUUCGACGGCUGCGAGAGGAAGUUCGCCAACAGCAGCGACCGCAAGAAGCACUCCCACGUCCACACCUCCGACAAGCCCUACUACUGCAAGAUCCGCGGCUGCGACAAGUCCUACACCCACCCCAGCUCCCUGCGGAAGCACAUGAAGAUCCACUGCAAGUCCCCGCCGCCCUCCCCGCCGCCGGGCUCCCAGGGCUACGCGGCGGCGGGGCCCCCCGACGGCCCGCUGCCCCCCGAGGCCGACCCGGCCGCCGAGCCGCCCCGCGGCCGCCCCGCCGCCCUUUCCCCGCCGGUCACCAACCUCAGCGAGUGGUACGUCUGCCAGGCCGGGGGGGGGGCUCCCCGCCGGCCCCGCACCCCCUCCAGCCGCGGCGACACCUCCUCCCCGGCCUCCGAGGGGGACGAGCCCCACAGGACCUCGGGGGGCAGAACCGCUCCCUAGGGCCGUGGCGUGGCGUGGCGUGGCGCCGGCUGUCCCGGCCCCGCGGCGCUGGCCCAGGCCGCGGCAGCAGCCGCCUGGCACAGGGGGGCUGGCGUGGAAGUGCCAUCAGGUUUGACUCGUGCUAUUUAUUCCGUGUACGAAACCCUAUGGUGUUUGUACGGUAACUAAUUUAAUUAAAGAGACUCGGACCUUUUUUUUUUUUUAACCUUUUUUUUUCUCCUUUUUUGCUUUCCCCUUUUGGUAAGAAAAAAAACAUUCCUAACGCCACACCGGGCCAUCUCAGCGACCCCGGCCGCACGUCUGUGCGGGGGGAUGGUGCCAGGGGAGAUACCCGGCUCCCACCCUGCCCACCCCGUACUGCUCUCGACCAGCGAGAGCAAGAAGGGGGAAGCUGGCAGAGCCCUGCCGUUCCCCGGAGCGGCUCUUAAAUACUUUAGCUGCCACCCCAGCGCCUCCUCUUCACCCUGGGUAUAAGCCCCAGGUUUGCAGCGGCCUCCUGACAGUAGAGCAGCACCUGCUGAAGCUCCAGCCAGACGAGGACAGGUUACACGUCCCUUAAAAUAAAAUAAAAUAGAAUAAUCGCAUUUUGUUCCCUCCCCUCUUGCAGUUCAGCUCCUUUGUACUUCGUUGGUUUCUCUCACUAGUCGUGGGGUCCCUCCCGCACCCGCAUCUUCUCUCCAGCCCUCUUUCUUUCUCCCUUAGCCGUAACCAUGUGAAGCGAUUUUAGGGAAGGAAAGACAAAAGAUGCAGCGCUCCCUUACCGCUCCUCCAUGGUUUGUAUGCGUAUGGCUCCUAAAACGUAGCCGGAGAAUAAAAGAAACCCGCUGCUAUUUGACAACUGCGAUACUGUGAUACAUUCUGUUUUUUUCCUAAAAAACAACAACAACAAAAAAAAACCACCAAAAAACCGGAUAGCAAUUUUCCCUUUUCUUGGGGCUGGUAUUAU